AUGACUCUCAAUCAGACUUUCUCCCUCGCAGAUGUUGCACCCCACAACACCAGCGAGUCGCUUUGGUGCAUCAUAGACUCCCGCGUCUAUGACCUGACCGACUUUUUCGAAUCCCACCCUGGCGGGGAAUUUGUGCUGCUUCAAGUCGGCGGGAAGGACGCUACUACCGAUUUCUACAGCCUGCAUCGCCAAGCUGUACUUGAAAAAUACGGAUCGCUAUGCAUCGGGGCCGUCGAGAACGAAGAAGCGCAAGUUAUCAGGCCCCACCCAGGCGAUUUAAGCAUAGUCCCCUACGCAGAGCCAGCAUGGUUAACGCCGCAAUUUGAGAGUCCAUAUUAUAACGAGUCGCAUCGGCGGUUGCAGAAGGCGAUGCGGGUCUUCACAGAUACUUGGGUUACACCGGAAGCGCAGGAGAAGGAGAUCAGUGGGGAGAGGAUUAGUCUGGGGUUGAUUCAACGGAUGGCGGACGCAAAUAUCCUUGGAAUGCGCGUCGGACCCGGACCUCAUCUUCACGGGCGGUCAAUCCUCAAUGGCGUACUUUGUGGAGAAGACGUUGACUACUUUCAUGAUCUCAUCGUGUCGCAGGAGCUUGUCCGAGCCACAGCACGUGGCUUUUGGGAUGGAAAUAUGGUCGGCAUGACGAUUUCGUUGACCGCGGUACUACAGCACGCGAGUCCCGAUUUGAAAGAAGAAGUCCAGCGAGAUUGCCUGAGUGGGAAGAAGACUAUUUGCUUAGCAGUCUCUGAAGCAUUUGCAGGGAGUGACGUUGCAAACAUCCGCACCGCGGCGGAGAAGACGCGAGAUGGUCAAUUCUACGUAGUCAACGGUACGAAGAAAUGGAUUACGAACGGGACAUGGUGCGAUUAUUUCGUCACGGCGGUCAACACUGGCAAUGGUCUCUCGGUACUUCUGAUCCAUAGAAGUGAGGGGCUAGCAACGAAAGCCAUAAAGACGUCGUAUUCGCCAGCAGCGGGCACAGCAUUCGUCACAUUUGACGAUGUGAAGGUACCAGUCCGAAAUCUUCUUGGCGAAGAAGGAAAGGGAUUGAAGGUCAUUUUGAGCAACUUCAAUCACGAGAGAUGGAUGGUGACAUGUGCGGGAGUGCGGAUGUCGAGGAUCGUGGUGGAGGAGUGUAUGAAAUGGAGUAACCAGAGGCUUGUCUUUGGUAAAAGGCUGGCGGAGCAACCUGUGAUCAGGGCAAAACUCGCAAAAAUGAUCUCCCUCGUCGAAGCAAUGCAAGCGUGGCUCGAGCAUACCACGUUCCAAAUGACACGAAUGUCUCAUGCAUCGCAAAACGAGCACCUCGCUGGACCCAUCGGACUGCUGAAAAUGUACUGCUCUCGCUGUGCUCACGAGAUUGCCGAGCUUGCAGUCCACGUAUUUGGAGGGAGGUCGUUGACCCAGACGGGGAUGGGCAGCGUCAUCGAGAUGUUCCAUCGUACAACGGAAUUCGACGCAAUUUUGGGCGGAUCGGAAGAUAUCAUUGGUGACAUGGCUGUUCGAAAAGCCAUGAAAAGGUUCCCGAAGUCUAUGUUAUAACGAGUUGAAAGAUGUUCAAUAGCACGUUGAAUAAACUUGCUAGGAACUAUUGGUCGCCUCUUUAGUCCAAUCGCAUUUUGUGAGAGACUUUCUGUACAUAAAGGCACGUGGAAAUUUGUAAAAUAUACACCAAGUAGAUUGGCAUUCGUUAGACACUUUAGCCCAAGGUUGCAGGUGGUCAAGUGACUUGAAAGUUUCAAGUUGUUACAAAU